AUGGGGUUAUCAGUCAAUUCGGACAAAUUGGAAGUGGUACGCUUUACCAAACGUAUCAAGAUACCAGCAACGGAACCUCUAAGGUACGAGGGAAAGGAUUUAAAACUGGUGGACGAGGUGAAAUUUUUAGGAGUUACGUUCACCAAGAAGUUAUUAUGGAGAAGACAUGUCUUCAACAAAGUGGCAUGCGGAAAAAAUAACAUAUAUAUGGUGAGUAGAGCCAUAGAUGGGACAUGGGGUUUUUCCCCUCGCAUCGCAAACUGGAUAUAUAAAUCCAUAGUGGUGCCGAGGGUGACCCAUGGGGCGAUUGCAUGGUGGCAAGCUGCCAAAAUGACCACCGUGAAGAAUAAACUAAAUAGCCUCCAGGGAUUGGCACUCAGGAGAGCUCUGGGUUCGUUAAGUACCACUCCAUUGAGAGCAAUGGAGGUACUAACGAAUACAACUCCGUUAGAUAUUGUGAUUCUAGAUAUCGCAGUAAGAACAGCACAUAGAUUAAAGUGCUGGAACAGCUGGACGGGAAAUAACUAUGGACACGCGUCAAUAAUGCAGAACGAGGCGAACAGAGAGAUGAACGAAAUGAUGGACAUGGAACAGGACAGAUGCGCUCCGAGCAUGAUUCCGGAACAAAAUUUUCAGGUAAUAAUUCCUACUAGGGAACAAUGGAAGGGUAAUAAGAUAUUAGCAGGGAGUCAUAUUGAUUGGUACACGGACGGAUCAGGAAGAAACGAUCUGGCAGGACCAGGAUGGACGGAUGGGAAGAUGGGUAGGCAUUAUGCAAGCCUAGGAAAAGACGUAACAGUCUUCCAAGCGGAAGCAUUCGCGAUAAUGAAAUGUGCAAAAUUAUUAAUGGAUAGGGGUACGAGACAAAAAGAAGUAAGAAUUUUUACAGACAGCCAGGCGGUGUUGCUGAGCAUUCAGAAGCUCAUGCAUACCUCACUGACUACCAAGAGAUGCAAGGAGCAUCUUAAUGAGCUAGCGUCAAGAGGAAAUAAGCUAACGUUAUGCUGGGUGCCGGGCCACAGAGGCAUUCCAGGAAACGAGCAGGCAGACAAACUGGCAAAUCUAGGCUCUAGGAGGGCCCCACCAGAAGGGGUACCUAGGCAAGUACCGCUAGCGGAAGCAGUUUCCGCUCUAGGUAGGAAGCGAUGGCGCGAGGGAGAAAGAAAACGAAAAUGGGACUCGGCAGAGGGAUGCAGGGUAGCCAAAGCAAUGAUCGGGCAGAACCCCGUUUACAAAAAUUGGAGGGAUCUGAUGGAUCUUCCGCGUGAAGAUACAAGAAGGGUGGCAGGUAUCCUAACAGGACAUGCCAUCCUAAACCAUCACUUAACAAGGAUGGGGGAAUUGCAGGAAGAGACGUGUGAGUUCUGUGAUGAAGAUGCGGUGGAAACAGCAGAACACAUAUUAAUGAGAUGCCCGGGAUUGAUGGAGAUGCGCUUUAAGAGGCUGCGAAAAGCGAUACUGGAGGAAGAGGAUAUUCCCCAACUGACGGUGAAAGGAAUAAAGGAAUUCACCCAGGAUGUGGAUAGGACUAGACCAAGGGAGGAGGUAGAGGAAGAAGAAGAAAUCUG